AUUAGCAUUUCGUAGAACUCAUUUAUAAUAUAAUAACUUACGAAAACUACUCUUAGAGGCAUUCUAAGAAAUUUCGAUUGCAAGGGAUGCUAAAGGGCAAGAGGAAUACGAAAGAUCAAUUAGCUACUAUUCCUGGGGAUGAGGAGGACACACAAAAAACAAUUUAAGUUUGCCUGCAAGAAAAUCAUUAAGCGAAACAUUCAACCACAACAGCCAAAUCUAGUCCUGAAUACGGUUUUGCUAAUUUAGCUGGUUUAGGUCAAAAGGAAUAUCAGCCGACUCAACAAAAUAUGUUCACAAGACCAAAACGGCUGAAGUGACUAAAUAUCUUAAGGCCAGUCAAAUGGAAAAUGCCAAGCAGCAAGGGCAGAAUAACCCACAUCCGGAAAUGCAUUGUAAUAAGAAAAGAAAACUUUUGAACAAAGUGAAAAACAUAUGUACAGAGCAAUCGCCUGUUGAUGAUAUCAAUGAAUGUUUAAAUCAAACGGAUAAACUAUUAUAUAAUUUGCCAUUGCAUUUUAAAGCCGAUUCCACUAAUCUGAUGGCCAAUGAUGAAAUAUUUAAGGAGCCACUGCGCUGUAUGAAACGCUAUCGAAGUGGUCAACCAUGCAAUUAUCUUUGUGUAAUGGAGAACUUGGAGGUCUUUCCAAAAGUCGAUCUAUGGCAAAUUUUAAGCCAAACAUUGCCACAAACCAGUCCAGGAAACCGUCGUUUUUUUAAGCUGAUAGUCUCUCUGCCCGCUGGCCCAGUAGGUGAUAAUAUGGAAUUCCAGCUUAAUCGUCAUCUACUCAAGUGUCCCAAGGAUCAAAGUCCUGAUCAGUCAUUCUAUAUGCGAGCUUUUUCGCAAGGCAUAGCCUUAAGUGUGGUCAAAAUACGUGGCCUAGACAAAUGGCCCUCCCACUUGAGCCAUGCCAAUGGCUUGGUAUUCUUUGCCCAUGACCAGGAUCUAAUGGAGGCCAAAGAGAGAUUGCAUCUGCUGGCCAAGACAAGCCUUUGUCCAUGUCUGAGUCUUAUAAUUGAGCGAUUUAAUUCCACCCAACUGUAUUUGCAGCAUUUGAUCGAAGUAUUGCAAUUGCAGGAACUGAAUCUUAAGGGCUUAAAGGUUUACAAGUGCCGAGAAGAUGGACUUAUAUCAUCUCUUAAAAUGGGAAUCGAAUUUCUAGCCAAUGAAUCUUUAAAAAAUCGUGAGGAAUUGCAACAAGUGAAUUUAAGUGAAUUUCUUUCCAACCACUUGAGUUCACAGUUAUUUCAAAGAAUACGUCAGAAUCCUCAUCUCUUUAAGUUAUGUCAGAAAUUUCCUCAAUUGUGUCAGCAAGUCUACAAUGAGGCUGUCCAUCGACUGCAAUUACUGGCUGAAGAGGAUUUGUCAAUGAUGCCCCAAUUGCCCCAGGAGCUUUCCGAGUAUGUCGAACCCAUCGACAACUUAAAUACAAAUAAUUUGGAGCACUUUCAACACAAUUGGCACUCGAAAGAAUCCAGGCAGGUUAUUGUCCAGUUUAUGGAGAAAAUAAAGAUGCCAACAGUAGGAUCUAUGCUAGGACCCCAACAAUGGCUAACAGAUUAUAUUAAGCAAACGCAACCCGAGGAAUGUGUGGACUCUAUAAUAACGCGAUCGACACAAAGAUUACUCUAUGGCGAUGGCUAUUUAGAUCUUAUGGAGUUAUGGGUUAUCGAGAGACUGCCAUACAUUUUGAAUCAUGAAUUGCCUCAGCCUCUGUCUCUGGUCUAUAAGAAAUCUAGUCUAAGAACACAUUUCGAAAAAUCUUGGUUCUAUGAAUUUGUACAGAAAUCACAAUUUAAAGUCGAUAUGGACAUAUUGUUAAUGCCGCCACCUCCCGAUCGACUUCCGAAAGAGAAACAGAAACCUUCUGUUGAUCCCCAAGAGUACAAGAAAGCUAUUAAUAGAGCGCAGAAAGUUUUGAAUCGUUAUCAUUUGAGACGAGAGAUGACUGACCUUUCAAAGUUUCUGUCCUUAGUGAAACCUCGUAAAAGGCUUUGUCCCACUGAAGAGAAUGAGUUUCUUUGCCCAGUCAAACGAAUGCGUCGAAAUUAGCUUACAUAUUUACAAUAUUUAAGACCAGACUUGUUAGUCUACGUCGACUAAGCAUAGAAGGGCUAAAGAAUUUUUAGAAUAAUUUGCAAAAUUUCCACUGAGCUGGAGCUACUUUUAAAGUCAAGGAAAAUUUUCCCUUCUUUUAUUUUCAGUUUUUGUUAACGAUAUAUU